UUUUGAAAACGUGAUGGAAAAAGGAUGGGUUGACUACUGCUACGGCCAGUUGGGAAGGACGUGAAUAUAAGAGCGAGCAGCUGAGAACCCCACGUUAGGGAUUGUGCGAAGCAGGAGAGACCACGGCCUGAAAGGAUGGUAGAAGACGAGUUCCGGAACCAGCUAACCAAGUCAAGCAUUGCGUGCCCGUGUUUUUACUGCAAAACUGUUCACGAUGAUGGAUGGAGAGUUUCAUCGCCGGGGGCGAUACUCUACCCCAUUGCUGGACGUGAAGCGGGGAAUGAAGUAAUGGGUCCCGUUACAAUGAGGAUCGAAGUCCUGUGGCGUCCAAAAAGGACUAUAAGAGCACUCGCUCCUGUACUCCUUGUGCUCGUGAUCUUUAAGGGGUCACUGUGCAUUCACGUCAUCCAAAUCGACAAAAUGGAUGACGGAUACGAAAAUAUCAUGGUCACGGUGCACAGAGAUGUGAACGAAAGUCAGCAGCUUUUGGACAACAUUAAGUUACUGUUCCAGGCAGCUUCAGAUUUCCUACACACAGCCACAGGCGGACGCGUCUAUUUCAAGACAGUUACAAUAGGCGUGCCGAGUACGUGGCAGAUAAGGAAAGGUGUGAAGAGGAUCCUGGCCGAUGAUUACAUGAGUUCCCACGUACGGGUGGAGAACUCGCCCCAUGGAGAAAAACCAUACAGCCACCACAUCCGACAUUGUGGGGAACACGGACAUUAUAUCCGUAUCACACCACAAUUUGUUCUUAUCCUGAAGACGACGACCAAGAAAAACUAUGGUAACCCAGCCUAUCAUCUGAUUCACGAGUGGGCUCAUUUCCGUUACGGGGUGUUUGACGAGCACGCAGCAUCCGGUGAUCCAGAGGGCAGACCAGCAUUCUACUGCGAUGGUGGAAGGGUUGUGAAGGUUUUUUGGCAAGGUUUUUCCCCUUCCCAGAUUGGCAUUACAGUUCCCAGCAUUCAUAAAUAUAUUUACAGGACUGGCAUUAAUAAAUAUAUUUCCACUUGUACUUUUGUGUAUGACUGUCCUUUGCAUGUAAACCGUCCACCGCGGGUGGUGCGGCAGAAAAAAUCCGCGAAAGGAGGUGGCAUUCAGCAAAUUUGCACAAAAAAUUCACUAAUUUUGGAGAUCGCAAGGGGUAUUCAUUUGAAUCCCAUCAAAUCCAGUUGCCACCUAAAAUGGGGCUGCCCAGGUUAG